GCAGCUGUUAUGGAAGUGUCAGGAACUCAGUGUUAUUGUAGUAAUUGUUUAUUUUUAAUAUUUAAUUAAAAUUAUCAGUACCUAAUAUAGAAUUGAAAUAAAUAAGUGUACCUUGCACACUGAACUGUGGUGUUAGUUCGUUCUAUAGUGCUCUGAAUUGCAUAAAUUGUUUCGAAAAUGUCAAAGCAAAAUAUUAUGUUUCAUCCGAUAAUCAGCUCCAUUCAACGAAUUGCACUUUAUGAAACUAAAGCGAGAUUCUAUCUGAUUGGUUCAAAUAACACAGAAACAAGAUUUCGUGUCCUCAAAAUCGACAGGACAGACCCUCGGGAACUGAUAUUGGUCGACGACAAGUUUGAAUACAAUAAACAGGAGAUACAUCAGCUCCUCAACAUGAUAGGAUUUGGUAACAGAAUGGGCAGAACAGGACUCAACAAAUUGGUGUCAGCAUUUGGGAUUGUCGGUUUCAUAAGAUUCUUAGAAGGCUACUACAUAAUACUAGUUACUAAGAGAAGAAAAGUGGCAGUUAUCGGUUCACAUACUAUUUACAAAAUAGAAGACACUGCAACAAUAUACAUUCCCAAUGAAAGUAGUAAGCCUCCGCACCCAGAUGAACAGAGGUACUUGAAGAUGUUCCUAGCCAUAGACCUGUCAACCAACUUCUAUUACAGCUACAGCUAUGACAUCACACAUACUCUACAAAUGAACAUGGCACCUCCAAGACAACUUGCUCCAGCAUUAUUCCCCAAACCUGUAACAGCUGCAGUUUAUCAGUCAAGGUCAAAUAGCAACCAAGGUUCAGAAGAAAAAUGUGAAUGUCACAAAUAUGAUGAAAAUGAUGAAGAUAUAUUUGAAACUUGGAAGAGUCAACUAGAACAAAGACAGAAGUCUGGCAACAGUCGUCAGAGGCUAGACUUUGGUGUGCGCUCAGUACCUGAAUGGCGGUUUGUUUGGAACAGUCAUCUAUUGUCAGCAGUACACUCACAUCUUCACCCUGACUGGAUCCUGUACAUAGUUCAUGGUUUUGUAGAACAGAGUAACUUGAACAUAUUUGGUCGACCCAUAUACCUGACUUUGAUAGCUAGAAGGAGUAACAGAUAUGCGGGAACAAGGUUCCUCAAAAGGGGUGCAAACAUGCAUGGAGAUGUUGCUAAUGAAGUGGAAACUGAACAAAUUGUUCAUGACUCUAUGGUGACAUCAUUUGCUGCAGGCAGAUUCAGCUCCUUUGUCCAGAUGAGAGGUUCCAUACCAAGUUACUGGUCACAAGAUGUCUCAAAAAUGGUACCAAAGCCACAAAUUGCAAUAGACUUGAGUGAUCCCUUCGCUGAAAUACCUGGAAAGCAUUUAAACAACCUAAUGAGAAGAUAUGGCUCCCCGAUUAUGUUUUUGAAUUUAGUUAAGAAGAGAGAGAAGAAGAAACAUGAAUCUUUAUUAACUGAUGUGAUAAGUAAUGGAAUAAAGUAUUUGAAUCAGUUCCUACCCCCUGAACAUGCUGUGCAGUACUAUCAUCUGGAUAUGGCUCGAACAAAUAAGAGAUCUGACGCCAAAGUCUUGGACAAAUUAUCCGCCAUUGCUCGCACUGUGGUUCGUAAGACUGGCAUAUUCCUAAGCUCUAACUGGUAUGGCGAGGUGACAGGAGUGCCUGGGCACCAGGGCGGCAGGCUGCAGACUGGGCUAGUGCGCGUCAACUGUGUGGACUGCCUCGACAGGACUAAUACUGCACAGUUCGCUAUCGGGAAAUGUGUGUUGGCGCAUCAGAUUGAUACUUACAUUUUACCUAAAAAAGUCCUAAAUGCACCAAAUGAAGGAAGUGUACUCAAAUAUGGUACUACCAAAGUUCGAACAGUCGAACUCCCGCCAUCGGGACGAGGUUAA